AUGGCAUCGAUGCUUGAAUCUUUUCAAAUCGCCUUUGCUCUCAAUGUAACCAAGAAACUCGAUGCUGCUACAGAAAAACUGAUGAGAACCCCACGAUGCAGUUUGUCCGAUUAUCCGCCAGCAUUUACCGAUAGAAGGACUCUGUGGCCGGAGGAUCAAACGCUGACGUGGAAAUUGAACGGCAAUCGUUCGCCCUUUAUCAACACAAAAACUCGCAAAUACAUUCAACAAGCAUUUGAUGAUUGGGCCAGUCAUGCUGAAUUAAACUUUCGUGAAGCAACUGAAAAUGCAAAAGCUGAUUUUAAUUUGGCUUUUCUAUCUGGUGAUCACGGAGAUGGAUUUCCACUUGAGGGGCCUGGACUAACUCUAGCUCAUGCUUUCUAUCCGCGGGAUCCUGACUAUCGUGGAGAAGCUCAUUUUGAUCUAUCAGAGGAAUGGUCGGACAAGUAUGAUGAAGUAGGUAUAAAUUUUCGUCUUGUUGCGUCACAUGAAAUUGGACACAAUCUUGGACUUGGUCAUAACACUCACGAAUCCAGUGCACUUAUGAAUCCAUUUUAUCAACUAUUUGAACCAUCAGACAUGUUACCCCGACCAUUAAGCACAGUAUUUCUUCGCUUCACGUCCCAUCUUCAUACGUAA